AUGAAAUCUAAAAACAGCAAUAAAUCAAAUAUAGAUAGUGUCCAAGAAAGUAAAAAUGAAGAAAUAGAUAGAGAUUAUUAUAAUAAUAUAAGAAACUGUGCAACAGAUUUACAAAAUUUGUCAUUAAAUUUUUUUCCUUCAAUAAAUACUUACAGUUGUAUACCUAAACUAAAUGCUAUUAAUGCUAUAACAUUUCAUCCUUGUAUUACAAGCAAAGAUUAUUUUAAUAAUACAUAUUCUUUUAAGCCAUUAUUUACUCAUCAUUUUUUUAGUGAUAGUGAACAAGUUAUUGGUUUCGAUAGUUUAAAAAUAGACUUUUAUUAUACAUGUGAUAAUUACGAAGUAUUUAUGAAAUUAAAAGGAUGUAUAUGUGAUCAAUAUGAAAAUUCCAAUCAUAUUAUGUUAAUGCUUCUACAAAAUUUAUAUAUAACUACACCAUAUCCAGGUGGAUUUAUUGAAACAGAAGAAGAAUUUUUAAGUAUUUUAAACAGAAAUGAAAAAAAUGAAAUUGUAAAAAGUAAUAAAACAAAAAAAAAUGUUAAGGAAAGUCUUCCAAGUGAUAUUUAUAAACCUCCCGGUUUUAUUAUUUAUGAAAAAAAAAUUAGUGAAGAAAUAAUUUUACAAAUAAGAAAGUGUGGUUUUUCCUCAGUAUAUUUUAAAAAAGAAAACAAUAAUAUAAUAAAAAAUGAAGAAGAAAAAGAAAAAAAUUUGUAUAAUAAUAAUUCACAAAGCAUAUAUGAUUGCUUAUCAAAAAGCAUAAAUAUAGAUGGUGAUAUUAAUAAAAGAGAUAUAACUUCUAAUAAAAAUAGUGAUAAAUCUAAAAAUAAUUUUAAUAAAAUUGAAAAAAAUGUUCCUAAAGUUAAUAUAAGCAAUAAUGAAAGUACUGAUAAUAAAAUAUAUAAUAAUGGAAAUAUGAAAAUCUCAGAUUUCAAUAAAAAAAAAGAAGAAUAUUCUACUAAUAUAUUAUAUAUGGAUAAAAAUAACUGUAAUAAAAGUUAUAAAAACGAAAAUCAUAAGAAUAGUAAUAAUAUUUUAAAUGACUCAAAUAAAAUGAAUGACAAAAAAAAUGGUGAUGUCAAAAAUUCAUAUUCCGAUUUAAAUAUUCUUUCUAAUGAUACAUCAAUAUCACCAAAUAAAGAGAAGAAGAGAAAUGAUAAAAUUAAAAGAGAAAUUACAAACAAUAAAGAUAGUGAUUCUGAUAAUGUAUUUGUUGAAAAUAAAAAAUUAAAAAAAAAUUGCACAAAAUAUAUUACUGAAAAAGAUAUGUCUAAAUUAUAUAGAGAAUAUUUACAUAUUUUAAAAGAAAAAAAGAGAAAAGGAAGCAUAUCAAAAGAAAAAGAAUAUGAAUCAGAUAUGAACGCUGAUAAUGAUUAUAUGGAUAAUGUAUAUAAAAACAAUAAUAAAGAAUGCUUACCUUCAGAAAAUUAUUCUUUGAAUGAUAAAAUGGGAGAAAAGGAAAAAGAAGAAAGAAAAAACAAAGAAUUAAAUGAAAAUAAUAACAAAUAUGAUUAUACAAUUAAAGAGAACUUUGAGUUAUUACAUAGAAAAGUAGAAUGGUUUUAUCAUUGGUUUAUUGAAAGUGCAUCAAAUAUUGAAUAUGAUUACAGAUGGAGUGUAAUAUUACCAUAUAUAGUUUUUAAGUAUGAUAAUAACAAAAGGAUUUCUGAAAAUAAUUUUAUUGAUAAAUUAAAUGAAAAAAUGUUCAGUAAUGAAAGUUUCAGUUUUGAUUUUAAUGGCAAUGUUAAAGAAGAAAAAUUAAAUGAAUAUAAUAAAAUAAACGGAGAAUAUAAUUCAAAGAAUGGAAAGGAAAUCACAUUAGAAAAAGAAAAAGAUCAAAAGAGAAAAUUAAAAGAAGAAAAUAAAAAAGAAGAUGAAAAAAAACAAAAGAAAAAAAAAAAAAAAAUUAGAAAAUUAGAAGACGUGGAAGAAGAAAUAGAUAAAAAAGAAGAGGAUCAAGAGGAAAGAGAAAAAAAAGAAAUAGAUAACAAAGAAAAUGAUGAAAUAAAUAAUAAUAAUAAUAAUGUAGAAAAUUUUAUAAAUGAUGGAAAAGAAUAUAUACUAACAAAUGAAGUGGUAAAAAAGGCAAUUGAUGAUACAUUAAAUGAUGUAGAAAAUAAAAAAGAAGAGGAUUAUUAUUCUUUUCAUAAAAAUUAUGAUGUUGUUUAUUUGUAUUCGGAUUUAGCAAAAAAAAAUGAAGAAGAAAAAGAAGAAGAAAAAAAAAAAAAAAAAAAAAGAGAAAUAAUAGAAGAAAAUAAAGAUGAAAUUUGUUAUCAAGAAGAAAACUGUUCUUAUUAUUUUUAUUUAUUUGGUUUAGCAACAACUUACACAUUUUUUACAUUUCAAUUUGAUAGAAACAGAAUAUCCCAGUUUCUAAUUUUUCCUCCAAUGCAAAAUAAGGGAUUAGGAAUGAAAGUUUUAGAGAAAAUUUAUCAUUUAUCAAUUGUUAAUAGGAAUAUAAGGGAAAUAACUGUUGAAGAUCCAGCCAUAUCUUUUACUCAAUUAAGGGAUAUUAUUACUAUUAAAAUAUGUAUUGAUUUAAAAAUAUUAUCACCAUCUAUUUUAUAUCCAGAAGAUUAUUUAAAAACAAAAAAUAUCAAAAAAGAAAAUGCCGAAUUAGAUAAAAAAAGAUUUAUGAAAGUAUGCAAGGAAACACAUAAGCAAGUUACUAGAAUGAUAGAGACGUUAUUACUGGCUAAUGUAUUACCGCACCCUGCUCCUAUAUAUAUAGAAAAUGAUGAAAAGCUUUCUAGUAUUAGAAAAAAAGAAAAAAAAAAUGAAAAUGUGAAUUACGUAAAUUCAAUGGAAUAUUUUGAAUCUUCUGAUUUAUGUAGAGAUGUGAGAAUUAAAAUUAAGAAAAGGAUAAAAAAUGAUUAUAUAGGAAACUUAAUUAAUAAGAAUAUGAACUGUAUGGCUAGUGACGUAUUUAGGGAUUAUGUAAAAGAAGAAUUAUAUAAACUAUGGAAAAAACAAUGUAAAGUUUAUUAUAGAACAAUAAAGAAACUGAGAUCAUUAUAUCCAUUAUAA